CAAAGUAUUAAUGGCUGCCAAGUAUAUAUUGUUAAUCCUAGGUUUGUCUCUUUCAGUCCUUGCUAGAAGGAGAUCCAGGCCAGAUAAUAGUACUGCUCCACCAGUUAGGGCAGACUAUACUCCUUUCUCACACUGGUCCUGGCUUUGGGCAAUUGGGUGCAUAUUAGUUCUUUUGGCUAUCAGAAACUGGGUCAAAAACAGAGCCUUUGACCAUGCCAAAAUUAAUGUGAUUGACGAAAUCCAGAAAAGAGAUGGAGUUUAUAGAAGGAAAGACUACGAAGCCGAUAGUAAAGGAGUUCUCCAAACCUUGCCAAAGGACGAAGAUGGAUGAAUCAAACUCCCCUUAACCAGCAGGACUAAAAUCAACCAUGACACAUAUCAUUUCAGAUUUGAUUUUCCAAAGAAAGACCAGGAGUUUGGUCUGCAUAUCGGUGGCCAUGUAGUCUUCUAUGCAAAUGUAACAAACCCAGAGACAGGAAAAGAAGAAGAAAUUGCAAGAAAAUAUACUCCAGUCUCUACUGUCCACCAAAAGGGAUACAUUGAAUUUGUGAUUAAGAUCUAUCGCGCUGGAGAGAAUUCCAAAUUCCCUCAUGGAGGACUUAUGACUCAAUAUCUUGAGAAACUCCCCAUUGGAGAAUAUCUCAAAAUGGAGGGUCCAAUGGGAAAACUUAGUUACCUUGGAUGCGGAAAUUUCUACAUCUCUAAGAAAUAUCAUAUCAAGAAGGAAAUCGGGAUGGUAGCUGGAGGAAGCGGCAUCACUCCUAUCUUCCAGAUCAUCCAGGCUGUUGUCCACAACAAGGAUAAGAUCAAAUGUCAUCUUCUCUUCGGGAACAAGUCUGAAAAGGACAUUCUUAUCAGAGAAGAGUUAGAGCAACUCCAGGAAGAUUAUCCUGCUAACUUCAAACUCACCUACAUAAUCGAUGCUGCAGAGAACCCAGAUACCUGGAAGGGGGAGACUGGAUACAUCACACAAGAGAUCCUUGAGGAAUACAUGCCAAAAGCAAGUGACAACAGCUUGAUUGUCACAUGUGGGCCUCCCAUCAUGAACCAGUUGGUCAAAAAGUUCAUGCCUGACCAUAUGAUACACAAGUUUUAGCUUUCAAUAAGUCAAAGUUUGA